GGUUGUGUGAAGAUUGAGACCAAGAUAUUACUCAGAAAGUUAUUGCAGUGAUGAAGAAUUAUGAGGUUGGAGAGGAACUGUUGACUGGGCUUGGACAAGAUCAAGGAUUUGAUAGGUUCUGUAAUGAGUGGGUAUCUCGAAGGGGAGGGAUUGGGUACAUGCAGACUAAUCAACAGGAUACAGAUGCCUUGAAUGAGAUGAAAGAGAAAUUGAGAGAACAGAAGAAUCUCAUAAGGAAAUUAAUAUAGUGAGCAAUAGAAAGAGGUUCGAUGCCGAAAUUGCUUCUUCUGUUAAUGAUCUUGAAUUAACUCUCAUGAUAUCCAAAUAUGAACAAAAUCGAUACCCUUGUAAAGCCUUCAAUUCUAAAACAAAUCUCAGGAUUAAUACUAAAAAUCCGAGAGAUCAGCAGAUUCUUAAAAGAAUAUAAAUUUUCAUAUUCCUACAUGUGGCAUUAUUAAUUUUACCUUCAGUAAAAAUAAUGAGAAAAUGGUCAGAAAGUUCUUCGAGAAAGUUUUCCCCAAGAAAACUGAGAGAUUCCAUUUAUGUUACUCGUCCGUAAAUAAUUCAAACAAAAAUGCGACCAACAUUGGUGGCUACCUCAAGAAAUUACAGCUUGCUUCUUUAACCCUCAUCAAGGUGCUCAGAUUGGACGAGUUUAGUAUUAAUCAAGCCCAAUUCAAGAGAAUCUUUAGCCUCUUCAAAGGGAUCAGGACAAUUGAGUUUGGGAGGUGAAUGAUCGACCUGGAUACUACACCUGACCUUUCUCUAGCUCUAAAGAAAUGCACUCUUAACAGUUUGAAAUUCAACUUUUGUUACAUCAAUUGUCAUGCCGAGAUCGAUAAGAAAGUUGAGAACUGUCAAAACUUAAUCCAAGCUCUUAGUCAGUCUCCAGACCUGAUUCAAAGUCUGGAAAAGUUAAUACUAAUUUAUACUGGCUUGACCAAAGGAGUUGUGGAGAGGAUCAGCAAGAUGAGACAGCUCCGUUACAUUCUUGACAAUAAAAGUUUAAGUUAAUGAAAGACAUUAGUGAAAUAUCUUUAACUCAAAUAAUUUUCAAUAAUGUCACUUGU